CGCGACUACUGCGUGCUGGGCGCGGGGCCCGCGGGCCUGCAGAUGGCCUACUUCCUGCAGCGCGCCGGCCGGGACUACGCCGUGUUCGAGCGCCACGCGCGGCCCGGCAGCUUCUUCACGCGCUACCCGCGGCACCGCAGGCUCAUCAGCAUCAACAAGCGGUUCACGGGCAGGGCCAACGCCGAGUUCAACCUCCGCCACGACUGGAACUCUCUGCUCAGCCACGACCCCCGGCUGCUCUUCAGGCACUACUCCCGCGCCUUCUUCCCCGACGCGGGCGACAUGGUGCGCUACCUGGGCGACUUCGCCGACCGGCUGGGGCUCCGCGUGCUCUACAACACCUCCAUCGCCCACGUCACUCGGGACAGGGAUCCGCAGGCCUGGAACGGCCAUUACUUCAUCCUGACCGACCAGAAGGGCCGGGGCUACCAGUGCAGCGUCCUUCUUGUCGCCACCGGUUUGUCAAUCCCCAACCUUGUGGACUUCCCUGGCUCCGAAUAUGUGGAGGGUUACGAGUCCGUGUCCGUGGACCCCAAGGACUUUGUGGGUCAGAAUGUGCUCAUCCUGGGCCGAGGGAACUCAGCCUUUGAGACAUCAGAGAACAUCUUGGGUGUCACCAACUUUAUCCACAUGCUGAGCCGCUCCCGGGUGCGGCUCUCCUGGGCCACCCACUACGUAGGAGACCUCAGGGCCGUCAACAACGGCCUGCUGGACACCUACCAGCUGAAGUCCCUGGAUGGGUUGCUGGAGUCCGACCUGACGGAUCUGGCUGUUGUAAAGGACCGUGAGNUGGAGUCCGACCUGACAGAUCUGGCUGUUGUAAAGGACCGUGAGGGCAAGUUCCACAUCACCCUAAAGUUCUACGUGGAGGAAAGCAACCAGAGCGCCGAAGCCAUCACCCUUCCCCAGGACGACAGUGACAACUUUGCCAUGCGUGUGGCCUACGACCGGGUCAUCCGCUGCCUGGGCUGGAACUUCGACUUCUCCAUUUUUAACAAGUCCCUCAGACUGUCUCCAGGGGGUGAGUUCAGCAAGAAGUACCCACUGGUCAGAGCUAGCUACGAGUCCAAAGGAAGCCGUGGUCUCUUUGUCCUGGGUACGGCCAGCCACUCUGUGGAUUACCGGAAAUCUGCUGGGGGCUUCAUCCAUGGAUUCCGAUACACAGUGCGCGCUGUUCACCGGCUGCUGGAGCACCGCCACCACGGCAUCACCUGGCCCUCCACCGAGCACCACAGCACGCAGCUGGCCAGCUCCAUCCUCCGGCGUGUGAAUGAGGCUUCUGGGCUCUACCAGAUGUUCAGUGUGCUGGCCGAUGUGGUCCUGCUGAAGGAGAAUGCCACAGCAUUUGAGUACCUGGAGGAAUUCCCCAUGCAGAUGCUGGCCCAGCUGGAGACAAUCACAGGAAGGAAGGCCCGGCACGGGCUCUUUGUCAUCAACAUGGAGUAUGGCAGAAAUUUCUCUGGACCCGACAAGGAUGUCUUUGUUUAUGACCGGUCUGUGGGGUACACAGAAGACGCCUGGCAGUCUAACUUCCUCCACCCUGUCAUCUACUACUACAGGCACCUCCCCACCGAGCAGGAGGUGAGGUUCCGCCCUGCAGACUGGCUGCUGCCUCGACCCACAGCCAUCCACCACAUCGUGGAAGAUUUCCUGACAGACUGGACCGCCCCAGUGAACCACAUUUUACCUCUGAGGCGCUUCCUGGAGAACUGUUUGGACACCGAUUUGCGAAGCUUCUAUGCAGAGUCCUGUUUCCUGUUCGCCUUAACACGCCAGAAGCUGCCCCCCUUUUGCCAGCAGGGGUACCUGAGGAUGCAGGGGCUGGUGGGAACCAAAAGCCUCCGGCAGCACAGAGUGGAGAGUGGGCUCCUGCAGGACUAUGGUGUUACGGGCAGGCACAGGGAGGACAGUGGGCAAUGGCCUGUCUACCAUGAGCCAGUAGAUCAGCCCCAGGCUGCAGGGCCCCUGGUCCAGCCCCUCAAGAGCAACAAGGAGGAGCUGUGAUGCGCAGGUCUUUCCUACCCAGGCCCACAAUCAGCCUUCCUCCCCACAGCCCCAUGCUCCCACUGACGUGUGACUGCCAAAGACCACCCGGAUCAUCACAAUGACCACACCAAAACCACAGAGGGCAUGCAAGAGCUAAAGGCGGCCAUGUGGUGGUCUCCUCCCCUGUUGGAUCCAUAGGUACGUGGGAGGUGAGGUCAGAGAAGGGCACCCUCGGCCAGGUAGAAGUCGCCUUCCACAGCAGGGCUACUCUACAAGUGAAUUGUUACUGAGCACCAGGCUGGCCUCAGUGGUCCCUUUUCCUUCUGGUCUCCUCAAAUGGGCCCUAAUCCCACCCGUCAUGGAGCAUUUCACAGGUGUAACCCAUCUCAUCUGCAUGAGGGUUAGUGGCUGGUUCUUUAAAACAGAAGCUCUAAUGUCCUUAACCAUGUAGGGCAGGUAGAACUAUUACCCCUGAUGACGACACCAGCUCAGAGAGGUUAGGUGACUCCCAGGAUCCCAGCCAGCAGUCCCUUAAAGCCUGUCCCACCACACCACACUACCUCUCCCACCCCUAUCGCUGUUUUCAAGAAGGGGGGUGCAGUGCAGGGGAGCUGGGCUAAUGGUCAUGGGCCCAGCAGGCUGUCAUCAGGCAGAGAUAAGCAUCUAAUCUAAGCAGGUUUCUCCCUGAGCAGAACUCAGAGCUGCUUUCUCCCUGGACUGCACUCCCUGACUUAUCUUCAAUCUCUGUUUUCUUCUUUCAUCCUGUCUUCUGGCAUCCUGAACAAUGCCUCGCGUCACAAGGCCGAUCAAAUUUAAACCAUCCCCACACUUUUUUUUUUCUUUUAAUAUAUCUUUAUUGAUUUCAGAGAGAGGAAAGGAGAGGGAGGGAGAGAGAA